AAAUUUCAUGCGUUCAUGAUAUGGGCCCCUUGAAUCCGAUGAUAUCGAUUCAUUAGUCCUAAGUAUGGAGCCGGGAUUGAAAUUCGGAGUCCAGACGAGCAACCACGUGGAGCAAUCGUAACGUUACCCUGCAGAAUGGGGAGCUGAACGUUGAGACUUUCAUACUAACCACCCACGAUGACCAUCUCAAAGGAAACAGGUCUGCAUCCUUCUCGCUGGCGCAGGUUCCUCCAGUACAUUGAAGUACCCACCGAUCCUGGAGUGCCCAACACAUCAUGGCUCAACCGCGACCUCAUCCCCAUGCCCAAGGAGCGCCGCACCUACAAGAUCUGGUCCUACUUCAUCUACUGGUGUAUCUCUGGUCUCUGCAUUUCAGGGUAUGCCGCGGGCAGCACACUCCUCGCGUAUGGCUUAGACGCGCAACAUGCUAUCGCGUCCCUCGUCAUCGGAGGUCUCAUUGUUGGGGUCCUUUGUGUCGCCUGCGGUUGGAUGGGAGAGAGACAUCACAUAGGCUUUACCGUGGCGUGUAGGUUCAGCUGGGGCAUGCGAGGCGCCUAUUUUCCUGUUCUUAUUCGUGCAUUUACGACAAUCUUCUGGGAUGGGCUCCAGGCUUACUGGGGUGGACAAGCCGUUGCGGUGACCAUCGGCGCUAUCAUUCCUGGAUUUGCCCACAUGAAACAAACGUUAGCAGGAGGAAUGCUGCUGACCAAGGACUUCAUAGGCAUAAUCAUUUACUACAUCUUCUUCGUCACAAUCAUGCGCGUCCCUCCUGAGCGGCUCCAGAAACUAUUCAUAGCCUCCUCUGUCAUGUUUGGCAGCACCCUGAUAGGACUUCUUGCCUGGGCAGUCUCGAACACGCACUCUGGCGGUCCCUUGUUUCAGGAGCAAGCCAGUCCCGUUCACGGUGGAACAGGAUGGGCCAUGUUAUUCGGCAUCACCGCGAUUCUUGGUGCAUGGGGUGGCGGGACUGUCGGACAAAGCGACUGGACACGCUAUGCCAACCGGCCAUAUGCGCCCACGCUAUCUCAGCUCAUCGGCGCUCCAUUUUGCAUCAUUGUAUGUGCCACGAUCGGCAUCAUCGUCACGUCCUGCGCCCAAGAAAUUUUAGGGAGUCUGAUCUGGGAGCCUUUCCUGCUUCUCGCAACUCUACAGGAUUACUAUAAUGACUCCCCAAGAGUUCGUGCUGCGAUUUUCUUUGCUGGACUCGGAUGUGUAUGCGCCCAGCUCGGCAUUAGCAUUGUUCUCAACUCUGUGAGCGUCGGAAUGGAUCUUUCGGGUGUCGUACCACGCUACAUCAACAUCAGGAGGGGUGCUUACCUGAUCGCCUUUCUGGGGCUAGCUUCAAACCCUUGGCAAUACCUGUCCAAUGCUUCAACUUUCCUAACCGUGAUCUCUGGCUUCGGAAUAUUCUUCGCUCCCUUUUCUGGGAUCCUUCUCGCCGAUUACUUUGUAGUGAGGAGAUGCAUAAUCAAGCUUGAGGACUGCUACAUCGGCGGCGAGCGUUCUAUUUACUGGUACCGCAAUGGCGUCCACUGGCGCGCUCCACUCGCCUGGGUGCUUGGUGUCCUCCCAACCAUGCCCGGGCUCAUCAUGACAACCCGCGACGCGACUGCGUGGAAUGCGUGGGUGCGCAUUUUCCAUAUCGCAUUCUUCGUCGGUCUUGUGAUAUCAUUCGUCACGUUCUCGGUGAUAUGUUGGGUCUCGCCCCCGGGGAAUGUUGGUAUUGGAGUCCCGUAUCAUGAGGAAGGUAGUUUUGAAGUGGACGUGGGUGAACUGGAGACGAGUGAACUGGAGAUCGAGGAGAAGAAGGGAGUGUCAUAGAUGAUGGUUUAUUUCAUUUUCAUGGAACCAUAGUACUCAUGUUGAUCCACGACAAGAUGUUUCAUAUGAGUCAAGACUAUGGUGGGGCUGCAGCCCAAAUUGACAAGGCC